AUGGGAGAGUUACCGAAGAAGAUGGGAGAUCAUGGACACCUCACUCUUCCAUGUGAAUUUGGGAAUAAUUUAAAGACUUGUGUAUUAGCUGAUUCUGGGGCUAGCAUAAAUCUAAUGCCUUACUCAUUUUAUCAAAAGCUCAAUAUUCCAAAUUUGAAGGCUACAAGAAUGACAAUUCACAUGGCCAAUCGUUCAGUGAUACAUCCUAUGGGUAUUGUGGAAGAUAUUUUAGUGAAAAUUGGGAAAUUCUUGUUUCCAAUUGACUUUGUCGUGUUAUACAUGAAAGAAGACAACAAUGUCCUAAUUAUUUUUUGUCGCCUGCUACUAAAUACUGCUAAAGCCUUUGUUGAUAUUCCCGAAUCCAAGUUUACCUUGAGAGUUGGAGAUGAUGAAGCUAAUUUUGGAGUAGAAAAUGGUUUCCAAGGGAAUGAUGUUCAAGGUGAAGUUUUCAAUGUCGAUUAA